AUGGAUGCUCCCGAAUUCUAUGCCAUCACGCUAGGCGCCAUCCCUCUGGCAUUGAUUCUGCGUUUGAUUGUUAUGGCGGUCAGCAAAGCACGUCUAUGCAGAAACGGUGAUGUGCGCUACUUCCUAAAGGCACCACUCCCCGUAUGGCUGUCUGGACGAAGCAUAGCGCCUCGGCACGAAGUCGCCAUCUUCUUGGCGUUUUUCGCUGCAAAUGGGCUCUACGUCGCUGUAAAUAGCCACAGCUCAGAGGGGGCAAUGAAACGCCUAGGCUCGGUUGCUAUAGUCAAUCUGAUCGCUGCCUCGAUUGGUGCGCACAUGAACCAGCUCGUUAGCAGCUGCGGCAUAUCACCUGAGCUCUACCUUCGUUUGCACACUUGCAUCGGCUUGACUUUUGUUGUCGAGGCAACCUCGCAUAUCGUUCUUCAGAUCAUGCAAGGACCUGAGAUUCGUGAGCCACUGAGCGGGAUUGUUGUAAGUGCCUAUCCCUUUUCGGACGGCUUCUCUGACAAAGUCCUAGGCCGCAAGUCUUCUUGGAGCAACCUUCAUCGUCUCCGUGCUCCAGAGAAGGCUCUUCGAAGUCUUUUCCACGCUUCACACAGCCUUCGCCCUGGGUAG